AUGUGGAAAAUAUUCCACCAAUAUUAUCCAAAUUAUAUUGGCAUUAUGUUUACAAUCCACCCAAGACUAAGCUCCCGUGCAAUGCGUCCCCUACAAAGGUCGAGAUCACAUCACAUAAGAACAUUGCGACACAAUUUCUUCGCUGCAAAUGGUCCUGCACUUUUCAAUGUUUCAUCAAAAGAAAUUAAAGUAGAGAAAACCCCACGACUUUCGAACGAUCCUCACCACACAAACCACACCCUCACCACACAAACCACACCCUCACCACACAAACCACACCCUCACCACACAAACCACAUCCUCACCACACCAGCCACACCCUCACCACACCAGCAACACCCUCACCACACCAGCCACAUCCUCACCACACCAGCCACAACCUUACCACACAAACCACACCCGCACCACACUAGCCACAUCCUCACCACACCAGCCAUAUCCUCACCACACCAGCCACACCCUUACCACACAAACCACACCCGCACCGAAUCACACCACAUCCUCACCAAACCAGCCACAUCCUCACCACACCAGCCACACCCUUACCACACCAACCGCACCCUCACCAAACCAGCCACAUCCUCACCACACAAGCCACACCCUUACCACACCAGCCACACCCUCACCACACAAGCCACACCCUCACCACACAAACCACACCUUUACCACACCAGCCACACCCUCACCACAUCAGCCACAUCCUCACCACACAAGCCACACCCUCACCACACAAACCACACCCGCACCACCCAAACCACAUCCUCACCACACAAGCCACACCCUCACCACACAAACCACACCCGCACCACCCCAACCACAUCCUCACCACACAAGCCACACCCUCAUACACCAACCACAUCCUCACCACACAAACCACACCCGCACCACACCAGCCACACCCUCACCACACCAGCCACAUCCUCACCACACAAGCCACACCCUCACCACACAAACCACACCCGCACCACCCCAACCACAUCCUCACCACACAAGCCACACCCUCACCACACAAACCACACCCGCACCACACCAGCCACAUCCUCACCACACAAGCCACACCCUCAUACACCAACCACAUCCUCACCACACCAGCAACAUCCUCACCACACAAGCCACAUCCUCACCACCCACAUCCUUACCACACAAGCCACACCCUCACCACACAAACCACACCCGCACCACACCAACCACAUCCUCACCACACAAACCACACCUUUACCACACCAGCCACACCCUUACCACACAAACCACACCCGCACCACACCAGCCAAACCCUCACCACACCAGCCACAUCCUCACCAAACCAGCCACACUCUUACUACACAAACCACACCUUUACCACACCAGCCACACCCUCACCACACCAGCCACAUCCUCACCACACCAACCACAUCCUCACCACACCAGCCACACCCUUACCACACAAACCACACCCGCACCACACCAGCCAAACCCUCACCACACCAGCCACAUCCUCACCACACCAACCACAUCCUCACCACACCAGCCACACCCUUACCACACAAACCACACCCGCACCACACCAGCCAAACCCUCACCACACCAGCCACAUCCUCACCACACCAACCACAUCCUCACAACACCAACCACAUCCCCACCACACCAGCCACACCCUUACCACACAAACCAAACCCGCACCACACCAGCCAAACCCUCACCACACCAGCCACAUCCUCACAACACCAACCACAUCCCCACCACUCCAGCCACAUCCUCACCACACCAACCACAUCCUCACCACACCAACCACAUCCCCACCACUCCAGCCACAUCCUCACCACACCAACCACAUCCUCACCACACAAACCACACCCGCACCACACCAGCCCCUUCCUCACCACACUAGUCACAUCCUCACCCCACAAGCCACACCCUCACCACACAAUCCAGACCUUUACCACACCAGCAACACCCGCAUCACACCAACCACAUCCUCACUACACCAGCCACAUCCUCACCACACCAGCCACACCCUUACCACACAAACCAAACCCUCACCACACAAACCACACCCGCACCACACCAACCACAUCCUCACCACACCAGCAACACCCGAAACCACACCAACCACAUCCUCACUACACCAGCAACACCCGCACCACACCAGCCACAUCCUCACCACACCAGCCAAACCCUCACCACACCAGCCACAUCCUCACCACACAAGCCACACCCUUACCACACAAACCACACCCUCACCACACAAACCAAACCCUCACCACACAAACCACACCCGCACCACACCAACCACAUCCUCACCACACCAGCCACACCCGCACCACACCAACCACAUCCUCACUACUCAAGCCACACACUCACCACACCAGCUACAUCCUCACCACACAAGCCACACCCUCACCACACAAACCACACCCGCACCACACCAACCACAUCCACACCCGCACCACACCAACCACAUCCUCACUACUCAAGCCACACCUUCACCACACCAGCUACAUCCUCACCACACCAGCCACACCCUCACCACACCAGCCACACCCUCACCACACAAACCACACCCGCACCACACCAACCACAUCCUCACCACACAAACCACACCCUUACCACACCAGCCACACCAUCAUCACACCAGCAACAUCCUCACCACACAAGCCACAUCCUCACCACACAAGCCACACCCUCACCACACCAGCCACAUCCUCACCACACAAGCCACACCCUCACCACACAAACCACACCCGCACCACACCAACCACAUCCUCACCACACAAACCACACCCUCACCACGCCAACCACAUCCUCACCACACAAACCACACCCUCACCACACAAACCAAACCCUCACCACACCAGCCACACCCUCACCACACCAGCCACACCCUCACCACACAAACCACACCAACCACACCCUCACCACACCAGCCACAUCCUCACCACACAAUCCACACCUUUACCACACAAACCACACCUUUACCACACCAGCCACACCCUCACCACACCAGCCACAUCCUCACCACACAAGCCACACCCUCACCACACAAACCACACCCUCACCACACCAGCCACAUCCUCACCACACCACCCACACCCGCACCGCAUCACACCACAUCCUCACCAAACCAGCCACAUCCUCACCACACCAGCCACACCCUUACCACACCAACCGCACCCUCACCAAACCAGCCACAUCCUCACCACACAAGCCACACCCUUACCACACCAGCCACACCCUAACCACACAAGCCACACCCUCACCAAACCAGCCACAUCCUCACCACACAAGCCACACCCUCACCACACAAACCACACCCUUCCCACACCAGCCACACCCUCACCAAGCCAGCCACACCCUCACCACACCAGCCACAUCCUCACCACACCAGCCACAUCCUCACCAAACAAGCCACACCCUCAUCACACAGACCACACCCGCACCACACCAGCCACAUCCUCACCACACAAGCCACACCCGCACCACACCAGCCCCUUCCUCACAACACCAGCCACACCCUCACCACACAAGCCACAUCCUCACACACAAGCCACACACAAACCACACCCUCACCACACCAGCCACAUCCUCACCACACCACCCACACCCGCACCGCAUCACACCACAUCCUCACCAAACCAGCCACAUCCUCACCACACCAGCCACACCCUUACCACACCAACCGCACCCUCACCAAACCAGCCACAUCCUCACCACACAAGCCACACCCUUACCACACAGCCACACCCUAACCACACAAGCCACACCCUCACCAAACCAGCCACAUCCUCACCACACAAGCCACACCCUCACCACACAAACCACACCCUUCCCACACCAGCCACACCCUCACCAAGCCAGCCACACCCUCACCACACCAGCCACAUCCUCACCACACCAGCCACAUCCUCACCAAACAAGCCACACCCUCAUCACACAGACCACACCCGCACCACACCAGCCACAUCCUCACCACACAAGCCACACCCGCACCACACCAGCCCCUUCCUCACAACACCAGCCACACCCUCACCACACAAGCCACAUCCUCACCACACAAGCCACACCCUCACCACAUAA